AUGUCUGAAGCUCCCCUUCUAGGCAGACGUCCAGCCACGCGUACGAGCUUCAAGGAUUCAGCUAUCUUUACUUUGAAGCUGACCUUGCUUUCCUCGCCGGUCAAUUACCUCCUUGUGUUCGUGCCCUUGGGGCUUGUUGCUGGAGGGUUGGAUUGGGGCCUGAACGCUGUGUUCUGGCUCAAUUUCUUUGCCAUUGUGCCUUUGGCUUCUGUGCUUGCUUAUGCUACGGAAGAGUUGGCUGAACAUACGGGUGAGACCAUUGGCGGUUUGUUGAAUGCUACUUUUGGCAAUGCUGUCGAAUUGAUUGUUUCAAUCAUUGCCUUGGCAAAUGGCCAGGUUCGUAUUGUCCAGGCUUCGAUGCUUGGUUCGAUCUUGUCCAACUCAUUGCUCGUGUUGGGAUGCUGCUUUAUUGCUGGUGGUAUUACUCGUGUGCAGCAAACGUUUAACCAAACGGUGGCCCAGACCAUGUCCUCGUUGAUGGCAUUGGCUACGGCUGGCCUUUUGCUUCCUGCUGCUUUCCACGCGUCUGUGCCCUCAGAAGGAAAGUCCAAGUUCCCAGAUCCAGACUCGGAGGCUGAUUUGAAGAUCUUGAGCCUCUCGCGUGGCGUAGCCAUUAUUUUGCUUGUGCUUUACAUUUUAUACUUGGUUUUCCAAUUAAGAACUCACAAGGCUCUCUUUGAAGAGCAGUCGCAAGAGGACGAUGGUAUCAUUACUUCGAGUCUUCCACCAGAGGGUACUGUUACCAAGGCUGAUUCUGAACACUUGACCAUUACCGGAUCACUUGCAGUGCUUGUCAUUGCUACAGUGCUUGUUUCCUUUUCAGCAGACCUCUUGGUGGGCUCGAUUGAUGACAUUGUAGAGCUGCUGGGACUUUCCAAGACGUUUAUUGGUUUGAUCGUCAUUCCUAUUGUCGGUAACGCUGCUGAACAUGCCACUGCGGUGAUUGUUGCAAUGAAGGAUAAGAUGGACUUGGCCAUUGGUGUUGCCGUGGGCCUGUCGUUGCAAAUUGCACUCUUCGUGACACCAUUCAUGGUGAUCAUUGGCUGGAUCAUCGACGUUCCAAUGUCGUUAUACUUUUCUACUUUUGAAACGGCAGUCAUGUUCGUUUCUGUCUUCAUCACCAACUUGGUGAUUCUCGAUGGCGAGUCCAACUGGUUGGAGGGAGCCAUGCUUUUGAGCACGUACCUUGUGGUGGCGCUUUCUUUCUUCUACUAUCCAGAUCACCAGGCCACCUAG